UUAGUAUUAACCCGAUGGAUCGUUUAUUCGUCUUCUGCUUUCUAUUGAUCAUGGACGCUGAUGUUACAGUGUCAGUGAUGAUUGGAGGUGAUGUCACUCUGCCUGUUAAUGCUGGUGAAAUAAAGGGAAAUGAAAGGCUGCAGUGGACGUUUGAAAACACGAAUAUAGUAACUAUUGAUUUAGAAGUGCCAACUAGCCAACCAAAUUACCCUGAUAAGAGAUUCACAAACAGACUAGAUCUGGACCGUAGGACUGGAUCUCUCACCAUCAGCAACAUCAUAACUGGUGACACAGGAAAAUUUCAGCUGGAGAUCAUGGGCAUCAGCGAUCAUGCCUACAAGACGGUAAAGACAUUCAAUGUUACUGUCACUGAAGUGGAGUCAGUAUCAGUGAUGAAGGGAGAGUCUGUCUAUCUGGACACCAAAAACAAAACACAGUCAGAUGAUGUGAUCGAGUGGAAGUUUAAAAACAUUCUCAUAGCUAAAUUGGACAGAAGAAUCAGUCCCAACUCAGAUCCUGUCCUUGAAGAGAAAUUGAGACGCAGACUGCAUGUGGAUUUGUUUGGUUUUCUCAUCAUCAGAAACAUCAACACUGAAGACUCUGGAACUUAUGAUGUACACAUCACUAACGGACAACACAUCAUUCAGAAGAGAUUCAGUCUUACUGUCACUGAAUCCACUCCAUGCUGGGACAAAGCUGGUCCAGUAUUAGCGACCUUGCUGGUGAUAACUGUGCUAGGCUUUGUUAUAUAUGUAGUAUACACCACGACAAAAGCAAGGAAAAAUGAAAUGAAUGGCCUAUGAAGCAGCACGCCAUAACAGAAUAUGGUAUAUACUAGGACUGCAUGAUUAAUCGGAUGCAAUUAUCAUGCACUAUUCAUGAGUAAAGCUGGAUUAGUAGUAAAUCACCAUCAUCUGCUUUCAGACUGAGCAGCAUUUACUACAAUAUCGUCCUUGCGAUUCGUCCGCCAUUAUAAAUGUAAUAUUGUUUAGCUUCUGAAUUACAGUUGAGAGCAGAUGAUGAUGAUUUACUACUAAUCAAGGAAUCGGCUUUACUGACGAGAUACGAUCCCCGCAAUUCUUACAUUGUUGUUGCGAUUGUUAUAUUGGGUUUAUUGGGUUUUGUAGUUUAAGGUUCUCCUUGUUUCCAGACACCUGUCACACAUUUUUUUUUUGUUAGUGCUUUGUCUCCACAUCACAAUAAACUCGUGUUUAUACAAUGCUAUGUCAGGUGAUAAGACUGAAAUCUAGAAAUACUCACGCAUUACUUGCGUCUUAAAACAAGGCGACAAUUUAAGUUUAUACUAUUCAACCUUAAGUUGCGUUUUCUCCAUUCUAACUUUAACUCAGGUGUUCUCCAUUUCAACUUAAGUGUGUAAGCAUCAAUCUCCAAUUUCAGUCUUAUUCUGAAUGCAUAUUUGUAGUGUCGUAAUGUAUAAGGUACUUGUAAUAAUAAUUUUUCACAAGCUCACAAUAUGUCAAAAUUAGUAAUUUAUUUUACCAGGCAGGUUUAAGCUUCAAACAUCAAUUAAAGAAUGCAAAACAGAAAAUGAUACAGAUUUAAAUUGAUUAACAUGUUGCAAAAGUUACAAAGUCAUUCCUGGCAAUAAACACACAGAGACGUGUCUGUCUCAUCACAAUUAACUUGAUUCUUGGAUGCAUAAAAAUUGUGUAUAUUGUGUUACAAAACAUUGAGGUAUGUAACUGAUAAUUGAUGGAAUUUCUUGUUUAUGUUAAUCGGCUUAUACAGGCUAUGUUAAAACGUCAUAAGCAUCCCCCUUGUCCUGAUCGGUCCUGCUCUUCGGUGGCAAUGACUUGAGGGGCAUGAUCAGGAUUUUGAAAAGUUGGGGGACAUGCUCCCAAAUUAUGGCCCUGAAUAAUACUGUAUGUUAAAUUAGUAAAUUAAAUAUCACUGUUAUGUUUUUUAUGCCUGUCUAGACUAUUGCAAUUCUCUUGCAAGACUAUCUGCAAUUAGCUUUCUCAGUUUUUCAUUGCUCGUCUUUAGAUAGUCCAGAAUGCCGCAGCUAAACUAUUAACACGUUACUCCCCUACUGGGCUCACUGUACUGGCUCCCUAUUAAACAUAGGAUUGACUUUAAGAUUUUACUGUUUGUGUUUAAAGCAUUCAACAAUUCAGCCUCCCAAUAUCUGUCUGAACUAUUGUUCCCAUACAGUUUAGAAGUCUUGGGUUAAAAAUCGGAGUGACUGUGCCUUUGCCACUCGUGAACAGUCUUCCACUUCACGUAAAAUCUGCGCCUUCCCUUUCAACUUUUAAAAUUAAAUC